GCGGUGCCCGUAGCCUCACCUCUCACACACACACACACACACACACACGCACUUGUUGCGCCCGACACUGACUCAUCAGUGUGGAUAUAAUGUCGCCCUGCCGACUUUAAACACGAUACAAACAGCAACACGACCAGACUGAAGUGAGCAUUUAUUGACGGGGGAUGUUAGUGGAAGCACCGGUGAGCGGAUGAACUUGCGGAUGAACUCGGGUUUAUUACUCUAGAACACCGGGGAGGGAAGCAGGACAUCAUGCUGGUGAUCCGACUCACUUCCGACUCGAAUGGGACUGCAAUCAAGCUGGUUUGUCCAUCGUUCAGCUCUGGGUGCACGAUUGACUCGGAGAAAGCCAGCAACUGGACUUUGAGCAGCGAGUACAACUCCACCGGUGCUGUGUCGCAGCUUUCUUCAGACAAAUGGAGCAAAUGCGACUUUUGGAUUGGCCUGAGUUUAGCCGUACUCUCGGCUUUUCUCAUCGGAGGAAGCGUGAUCCUGAAAAAGAAGGCUUUGCUGCGUUUGGCUGCAAAUGGCCAAACCAGGGCAGGUGAAGGAGGACAUGGCUACCUGAAGGACUGGCUGUGGUGGGGUGGACUGUUGACUAUGGGAGGAGGUGAAGCAGCCAACUUUGCAGCCUACAUGUUUGCUCCAGCCACUGUAGUCACCCCACUCGGAGCUCUGAGUGUUCUUUUCAGCGCUGUGUUGUCUUCUCACCUGUUCGGGGAAACGAUGAACCUGCUAGGGAAGCUCGGCUGCAUGCUAAGCCUUUUGGGAAGCACCAUAAUGGUCAUCCAUGCACCAGAAGAGGAAGCUGUAACGACUCUGAGCGAGAUGACCAAUAAAUUGUUGGACCCAGGCUUCCUUGUGUUUGCCAGCAUCCUCUUGAUUGCCUGUUUGGUGAUGAUCUUCUACUUCUCACCUCGUAUCGGUCAUACCAACAUAUUAAUCUACAUAAGCAUCUGCUCGCUGCUGGGAGCCUUUACCGUGUCUUCAGUGAAGGGGCUGGGCAUCUUCCUCCGUACCGUCUUCGACGAGCCGUCGGUCCUGCGUCAUCCUCUUACCUGGAUCCUCCUGCUGACCUUAGUGGGUUCCGUCAUCAUCCAGAUCAACUACCUUAACAAGUCUCUGGACACCUUCAACACGCUGCUCGUCUACCCGAUCUACUACGUCUUCUUCACCACCGUGGUGCUCACCACCUCAAUCAUCCUGUUCAAAGAGUGGGGCUCCAUGUCAGCCGUGGAUGUGGUGGGCACCAUCGGAGGCUUCCUGGUCAUCGUGCUCGGUGUGAGCAUGCUUCAUCUCUUCAAAGAUCUGCGUGUGACUUUGGAUGAGUUGAGGAGCAAUCUGUGCAAUCAGCCUCAGGCACUGGACAGCCCUGGAAAAAGGGAGGACAAGCACAUACUUAUUGAGAAUGUGGACAGCCUGCCGCCAAUGAGAGAGGAAGGCCCUAGAGUCUUCAUCAUCAGCUGAGCAGGACAUGCAUUUAAACUAGACUUCUUUUGGAUCCUAAAGUAGUAGCUAGGCACAAAAAAAAGGAAAGGAAGUGGUGAGCCAUCACUAACCAGCAUUUAUCCUUAGUAAUCUCUUUAUCCCGGACAGGGUUAUAGUGGAUCCAGAACUUAUCCCAGGAAUACUGAACCUAAAGCAAGAAUUUACACACAUUCACAGACACCUUUAUACAUACAGGCAACUUAGAGUAGUUGAUGUUUUUUGGAGGUGGGAGGAAACCAACCAACCCAGAAGAAACCCAUGUGGACAGAAAAUCAUGCUUCAGCAGCUACAAUACAGUGAGGUUUUGUUCAUGUUUAUAAAUGACACACUGCAUGCUGUUUUGGCAUUAUUUAAAAACUGUAUGUGGUUCAAGUACAAUAUUUACUGAAAACUUGUAUCCUCUUAGCUCUGGUACAAAACCACAGCAGCAAACGUCGGACACGCGACAUAUUUUGUGUGAUCGUUGCAAUGAUACAGUAUUUGAGUUAACAGAAAAAUACUGUACAUUUGAUUUUUCUUUUAUUACUAAACCUUUCUUAGAAUGGUAGGAAUUUCAGAGGUGUGUUCUCUGAUAGAGGCGAUCUGUGAUGCAUUUCAUGCUGAGGAUCCGCCUUGAUGAGGCAGUACACUUGGAUUGCUGGAAUAUUAUUUCAUUUCGGAUACCUUUUUACAGGAUUUUUUACAUCUUUAAAUCUUUAAUGGUGUCAUCUGUAUUGUAAUAUUGCAUCUAUGGAAUUCUUUUAAUGCUGAUGUUUGGACAUCUUGCUUUAUUUAGAGAUUAGACGGCUUAGGUGGACGCCGAAAAACCAAAAAGCACAUUUGUCAAAGCAAUUUGAUGCAAAUCUGUGCAUUCAGCUGCUGCUCGCUGCUCUUCACUUGCAUGUAAGGAAAUUUCCCAGGAAGCAAAGUACACGCUUUAGGUCAAAAUCAUUUCAGAGGCUUCAAGCUGAAACCUUGGGUGCAAUUAUAUAUAUAUAUAUAU